GUCGACGUUAAGCUAAAUCACGUGACUUGGUAAGUUGUUACAUCGAGAAACAUUUCUAAACAAGACUUCAUAGACGAGAGUUGAACUAUCCACUGGACUAAAUCCGAACACGCAAGGUUGCCUUAUGUCUGUUCAGAGCUUCAGGAUGUCUCUGACAAUGUCUCAGGGUGAUGGGGUGACUGUUAUAACCCUCAACACAAAUCCACAGACUAAAUGGCCCAUUCUGUGUCAGAUUCUGGGUACCCUGUGCUACAGUCCAGUGUGUUCUGUAGCUCAUGAUAUGAAAGGAAAACUAACAAAAUCUCUGAUAGCUCUUGGGAUUGUACAGAUGAUAGUGGGAAUCAUCAAUAUCGCAAUGGGGACUUUUCUUGUAAGCAUGUAUUGGAACCAUAGCAUCAUUCGGGACUUACAAGCACCUUACUGGCUUGGUGGUAUGUUUCUUGCAGUUGGAAUCGUGUGUAUUCUUGCUGCAAAGUUUUCCAGUCCUUGUGUGUUGGUCAUUGCAGUGAUUCUGAACAUAGUCAGUGCUGCGCUGGCGAUCACAGCUGUUGUGUUGCAUUCAGUGGAGUUAGCAACGAGAGAUCCUGAACAGAGGAAGCAGCUGGAAUUGUGUUUGUACGACAGAUAUCGCAGUCAGGUGCCCUAUGUAAAUAUCAUGAUGAUAGUUUUGGCAGUUCUUCAGCUCUGCGUAACCAUCAGCGUCUGUGUCGUGACUCUGAAAGCUUUGUGCAAGAAGAGCAGUGCACAGUCUGUGGAGGACCCUCAACUUUACAAGCCUUUUGUAAAGGACGCUACUGGCAGUGCAUGCUAGAGAAACACAAUGAACAUGGAUGAAAAAGCAACACAAUAUUAUGUUACAGGUUAAGGGUUUUGGGGUGGAUUAGUUACAGUAGAGUUGCAUUUUAUAAUAAAUAACUAGAGUAUGUUAGCACCGACCUCUUGCAUCAUGUUAUAGAUAGCACUUUUAUAAUAUUUUAUAACAUUUAUAGUAGUCAUGUAUAUCCAAUAUACUGUAAAAUUGAAUUUCACUUGUAUAUGGCCUGAUAUGAUAUUAAUCAAGCUUUCAUCUUACAUGUAAUGAUAAUUUCUGAAACAAAAUUACAUUCUUUUAAAGUUACUUUUUUGACCACUAGGUGGCGACAUGAUAUUAUACUUGCCAUUGAGAAUGCAUAACUACACACUAGUAUUCAAUACAGUCGUGUAAUAAUAAAUUCAUGAUUUUUCUGUGAAGUCCAGGCUAAAGUUUUAUAAUCUAAAAUAAGAUGAGCAUCAAAGUUUGAUUUGUUUAAUCUUUUACCUAAUCGAUAAUAAAGAUAUUAAGGUGAUAAUUUCACAAAAUGUUCUUUAGAUUAAGUAUCUAAAAAAUUGGGUUAAAAACAACCCAAAUUGGGUUGUCUUUAGCCUAAUGGCUGGGUAAAUAUAGGACAAACCACGUGCUGGGCAAACUUGACCCAUCAAGUUGGGUUGUUAAUUUUAACCCAGCAAAUGGGUUGUUUUUAACACAAAGGUUAGUUUCAUUUUUAUUCAAAAAUUGGGUUAUUUUUACUUUAUUAAUGGGUUAAUAUAAAUUUUUAAAUGAUCUUAAUGUUAUUUAUUUCAUUUUGUUGUUUA